AUGGCCAUUCUUCCGGAAUUCUUAAGGGAAACACCUCCUGUCACAAGAUACCUUAUUUUUGGCACCUUAUUGACGACUUUGGCGGUAAAUUUUGGGUAUCUUAGAGAAUUAAAAGUAUUUUUCAAUUGGAGGUUAUUCUUAUUCAAAGGAGAGUAUUGGAGAGCUAUUACUACAUUUCUAUAUAUCGGCCCAUUAGGUUUGGAGCCUAUUCUGUACCUGUCCUUUUUUUUACGAUUUAUGAGCAUGCUUGAGGAAGCUAGUCCUCCUCCACGGACGAAAAAUUUUAUGAAAACAAUAAGCAUUGUUUGUGGAUCGUUGUUAGUUUUAAGCUACUUUUUUCAUAUGCCUUUCGCGGCUUCUUACUUUUCCUUUAGCAUGCUUUAUAUCUGGUCUUGGAAACAUCCAUUGUACAGAGUCUCGAUUUUGGGGUUAUUUGAUGUAAAAGCUCCAUAUGUCCCUUGGGUUAUGAUUCUUUUACGCUGGUUUCGCAGUGGAAGCUUUCCUGUGUUGGAUUUAUUAAGUGCCUCGAUUGGGCAUAUUUAUUUCUUCCUCUAUGACUUUGGUACUAUUUAG